CUUACCCACGUGGGCUAGAGACUUCCAGAAAGGAGUAGUAGCAGCCUCGCGCGUCUCCUUUCCUCGCAGGCUCCUUGUGCGGCCUUAUUCUUCCUACACCAUGUUGAGCGCCGCCCGCUUGCUGGUUCUGCGCCGCGGAGGGAGCGUCCCCGGGCCUGCUCAGGUUUUCUGGAAUGGUGUAAGUCAAGAUCUCCUCAGAGCUGUAACAAGCAGGAAAUACGCCUCAGAAGCAAUCAAAGGAGCUGUCAUUGGCAUUGAUCUUGGCACAACCAACUCUUGCGUGGCAGUCAUGGAAGGAAAGCAAGCAAAAGUGCUAGAAAACUCAGAAGGUGCCAGAACGACUCCUUCUGUUGUAGCAUUUUCAAAUGAUGGUGAGCGAUUGGUUGGCAUGCCAGCUAAACGACAAGCUGUCACUAAUCCCCACAAUACCUUCUAUGCAACCAAACGGCUAAUUGGGCGGCGAUAUGAUGAUUCGGAAGUGCAGAAAGAUAUCAAAAAUGUUUCUUUUAAAAUUGUCCGUGCUUCUAAUGGUGAUGCCUGGGUAGAAUCUCAUGGAAAGCUGUAUUCUCCAAGCCAGAUUGGUGCUUUCAUAUUAAUGAAGAUGAAAGAAACUGCAGAAAAUUAUCUGGGGCAUCCGGCAAAAAAUGCUGUCAUCACAGUCCCUGCUUAUUUCAACGAUUCUCAGAGGCAGGCAACUAAAGAUGCCGGGCAGAUUGCUGGGUUGAAUGUAUUGAGAGUGAUAAAUGAGCCCACAGCUGCAGCACUAGCCUAUGGCUUGGACAAGGCUGAAGACAAAGUUAUUGCAGUCUAUGACUUGGGUGGUGGCACUUUCGAUAUUUCUGUUUUGGAAAUUCAGAAGGGAGUCUUUGAGGUCAAAUCCACCAAUGGUGACACUUUCUUGGGUGGCGAAGACUUCGACCAGGCCUUGUUGCAGCAUAUUGUAAAAGAGUUCAAAAGAGAGACAGGUGUUGAUCUGACUAAAGACAACAUGGCUCUACAGAGAGUGAGGGAAGCCUCAGAAAAAGCAAAGUGUGAACUCUCUUCUUCAGUCCAGACGGACAUUAACUUGCCAUACCUUACUAUGGAUGCUUCGGGACCAAAGCAUUUGAAUAUGAAGCUGACUCGCUCUCAGUUUGAAGGGAUUGUAGCUGAUCUAAUUAGGAGGACAGUAGCGCCUUGCCAGAAAGCCAUGCAGGAUGCUGAAGUCAGCAAGAGUGACAUUGGCGAAGUUAUCUUAGUUGGUGGCAUGACCAGAAUGCCUAAGGUGCAGCAGACUGUCCAGGACAUGUUUGGCCGUGCUCCUAGCAAAGCAGUUAAUCCUGAUGAAGCUGUUGCUAUUGGUGCUGCCAUCCAAGGAGGCGUGCUGGCUGGUGAUGUUACUGAUGUGCUGCUGCUGGAUGUGACUCCUCUUUCCCUGGGUAUUGAGACUCUAGGAGGAGUUUUCACUAAGCUCAUUAACAGGAAUACUACUAUUCCAACAAAAAAGAGCCAGGUGUUUUCUACAGCUGCUGAUGGACAGACUCAGGUGGAGAUCAAAGUCCAUCAGGGUGAGAGGGAAAUGGCUACUGACAAUAAGCUACUUGGCCAGUUCACUUUGGUUGGGAUUCCGCCAGCUCCACGGGGAGUUCCCCAAAUUGAGGUCACUUUUGACAUUGAUGCCAAUGGAAUUGUUCAUGUUUCUGCAAAAGAUAAAGGCACAGGACGGGAACAACAGAUUGUGAUCCAGUCUUCUGGUGGUCUUAGCAAAGAUGAUAUUGAAAACAUGGUGAAAAAUGCAGAGAAAUAUGCAGAAGAAGACAGGCGAAGAAAGGAACGUGUUGAAGCUGUAAACAUGGCAGAAGGAAUCAUCCAUGAUACAGAGUCCAAAAUGGAAGAGUUCAAAGAUCAGCUGCCUGCUGAUGAGUGCAACAGACUGAAAGAAGAAAUUGCAAAAAUGCGAGAGCUGCUGGCUCGUAAAGAUAGUGAAACAGGCGAGAACAUCAAGCAAGCAGCAUCCACCCUUCAGCAAGCAUCCCUGAAACUGUUUGAAAUGGCCUACAAAAAGAUGGCAUCAGAGCGGGAGAGUUCUGGAAGUUCUGAGAGUUCUGGGAGCUCUGGGGAUCAGAAGGAGGAAAAACAAUAACUCAUGUCUUGCAUAGACUGGAGCAGGAAGAGGACAAUGUUCCAAAGCUUGGGAGCCAAGGGACCUUCCUGAGCAGCUGUGGGCAGAUUUAUGUCUUACUGUGUUUUUGCAGUAUUCUAUACAUAAUUUACUGAAUGUAUAAAUUUAGUGAAGGUGUCCUACUAGUGAAAUUAUCACCUGAUAAAAACUUAUGCAAGACAAACACACACACACCCCAAGGUCAGUGACAUUUUUCAACUGCAUCCUGAGGAUUCAUGGAGCUCUUGUUGAGGAGCAGUAGUAAGCAUAGCAGUAUUUUCUGAAGGUUUAGAAACAGUGUCUCACAAAUUGAGGCAACGAGUCCUGAUGCCUGAAUAGUGCAAAUUCCACCCUUAAUAAUGGAUCCUCCUUUUGGGAACAGAUUUCUGCUUUAGUGUGAAGGGAUUGUAAUGGGGCCUGGGUUAAGCAGAGACAGGGCUAUCUGCUUUGGUAAAGAAUAUGCGGAUCUGCACCUUAGCUUAGUAUCCUUGUCUGAAAGAAAGUGGAUUGUUUUAAUGUAGCUGUAGCUAUAUCAGUAAGGCUACUCCGAAGUUCUACGCACAGCUUGUCUAGGCGUUCUGCUCUGCCCAGUGUCUCUCCUUGCAGGAAAAACGGCUUCCCUAUUAAUAAAAUGUUCUUUCUUGAUCAAUCCUGUGUGUUUAAAAAUAAAAGCACGUUAGUAUCUCAGACACCCCCAACAUGCUCUUGCUACCUGUCUUUACCCAUAUGAGAUUACAUACAUACAAGAGAUUUCAAAUGAAUGUUUUGAAAGAUCCCAUCGCAGGAGUACAGUUUGUACACUUCCCUUUUCCUUUUGUUCAGUGCACCACUUUAUACAGGUUGCUCCUGAGGAAGCCAGGAACCAUUCAGAGAUUUACACCUUCAAGUAUGUGUGGACAUUUCUGGUAUGGGUGUACUGGAGUUUCACAGAAGUGAUUUGCCAUGUGGAUCUGGCCCUGCAUAAUUUGACCUCAGCUGCAGCUAUGUCAUUCUGAGUAAUGUAUUUAGUGAGCCAAAUAAAAAUAUAUAAUGAUUAAA